AAUUUCAACAAAAUUACAAAAUCACCAAAAACUAAAUUAGAAACCCUUAUUACAAACAACGUGGGCUUGGUGCAGAGGGCAUGAUUGCCGGCAGUGGCUGGCGUGCAAGCAACGUGGGUUCGGCGCAGCAAGCAGCAAGGGCUGGUUCGGUGUUGCAGCAGGGGCGUAGGGGCAUGAUGGCUCGGGCGUGCAGGGGCCUGAUUGCGCAGGAUCUUGGUGUAGAGGAGAGAUCUGGGCGCAGGAGUUGAGGGGAUCCAGUGCAUAGCAAGGCUGGGCGCGGGGCGCGGCAAGGGCAGGGGCGUGGUGCAGCAGGAGGCUGGUUCGGGUAUGAGGGAAAGAAGAAGGUUCUGGAGAGCAAAAUGUUUUUUUUUUUUUUUUUUUUUGGGUUUUGGGUUUGGUAUUUGGGUUUGGGGUCAUUGGGUUGUUUAAUGGGCUCAAUUGAAAUGAUUAAAGUAGCAAAAAAUAAUAUUAAGGUUGAAGU